CGCGAUCGCACUCGCGCUUCGCUAUCGUUAUCAGCCAGGACAAAAUCCAAAUUACAAAACCGUUACGGUAUCAUAAUUGCAAACAAGAUCAGUAGACUACAGGGUCCAUAAGCAUCCACACACAUAUGAUUUGAGUAUGAUAGAGCUAUUAGACUUACCUCCAGAAAUACUACUAUGUAUAUUCCAAAGCUUUAGUGCUUCUGAGUUAGAUGAAUUCAUCCUUCGCAUGAUUAAAUUGUUUGAUACUGACGAUAAUAGAUUGCUUGAUCUUAUGUAUAUUGCAUUGUUUAGCAAGACAUUACUCAUCACCAAUGAUAACAUAGCAGAGAAAGUACCUGAUAUAUAUCGACAAUUACCGAUUAACGAUUUUGAAAUCUUACUACUUUUACAACGUCAUAAAAGCACGUUAUUUCAACAAUGUCAACCACAAAAGAUUAGUAUUCGAUUCUUAAGGAAAUCAGAUGAUUAUCAUCGAUUCAUAAGAGAUCUUCAGCAGUUACAUUAUUCAUUGAAAAGGAAAAAGAAAGGAACUACCGAACAGGGGAAUCUAGAUCAAUUGGUAGUUUAUUUCGAAACAAGAUUUAAAGCGUUUGAUGUUUAUAUUGAUUGUAAUUUACAAAUGGUUGAAAAUCCCACCAGUAUUUCAUCAGGUCUUAUUCAAGUAUUACUUGAUUUAGCUGAAAAUCCUUAUCUAAUAGCCAAAUUAAAAAAGUUGACUUUAAUAGCUAGUGAUAUUGGGACAUUUUAUGUUAAAUCUUGGAGUCAAUUAUUUCAUAGAUUUGAAAAUUUAAUUGAAUUAAACUUAUCCAAUAAUGUUAUUCAAAAUACUUAUGAUGAGGUUGAAGAUGUAUUUUCAACUUCAUUUAAUUUCCCUCCACUUUUAAAAUCACUUGAUUUAAGUCAAAAUUUAAUUACAAACAUUUCAGUAGGUUUUAUAAAGAACUUACCUAGAUCUUUAGUGGUGUUAAAGCUUAAUGAUAAUAUCAUUGUUCAUUUAGGUGAUACUUUAAAGAUCUCAAAACGAUUACCCAAUUUACGGAAUCUCCAAUUAAAUAACAAUCCUCAUUUGGAUUAUAUAAAUGAAACUACUUUUAUGGAUAUCACGAAUAAAGACUUUUUAUUGGAACUUAGAGGUAACAAUAUAAAUAAUGACGACAUGGUUAAACUCAAGAAUAUGGCAAGGUUAGGUAAAUUUACAUUAGAUAUAUGAAAGUUAUGUGUAUAUAGUAGUAUGUUUAAUAUAUAUAUUGAUUAAGGUGAA